AUGUAUGUUCCUACUCCACCGAGAUUAGAACUUCUGGAUACUAGCAACGCGUUAAAUAUGGACGAACCAAGCAAGCUCGAAGAACGCAUAGAUGGUCAUGAAGAAGGUGGCGAUGAGGAGGAGGAAAUCUCAGCCAUGAAAAGAAGGGUUGCAGAGAUGGAAGCCGAAGCCGCGAAGCUACGGGAAAUGCAAGCGACAUUAGACAAAGAGAAUAAUGAUCUACGUGAGGACAAAGAGGAUAUCGACGCGCGAAGCAUUUUCGUUGGAAAUGUGGAUUAUGGAGCUAGUCCAGAGGAGAUUCAGGCACACUUUCAGAGUUGCGGGUCCAUCAAUAGAGUGACAAUUUUGUUGGAUAAAUUUACAGGGCAUCCGAAAGGGUAUGCUUAUGUCGAGUUCACAGAGCCCAGUUUAGUGGCACAAGCAUUGGUUCUCAAUGAAAGCGUCUUCCGUGGCCGUUCGCUCAAGGUUGUUCCCAAGCGUACAAAUCUUCCUGGAAUGAAUCGUGGACGGGGUCGUGGGAGAGGUGCGCCAGGAGGGAGAGCUGCAAGGAUCUAUUAUUUCAUUCAGAUGGAAUGA